AUGUAAAGAAAAUAUAUUUAUACUGAAAGUGAUAAUAAUAAUUAUCCACUAUCACUUUAUGCAGAUUUAGAUGAUCGAAUGAUAAACGAAGUUAAAAAGAAUAAAUCUAUUCAUUAUAAAUCUAAUUCUUUUGUUACAGGAAAAGAAGAUGCUGCCAACAAUUAUUUUAAGGCUUAUUACACUAGAAAGGAAAUGUGUGAUAUUGCAUUAAACUAAGUAAGAAAAUAAGUAGAAAGCAUAGAUAGAUUAGAUUAAUUCAUUGUAACAUGUGCCUUAAGUGGUGGAACAGGAUCAGGAUUUACUACUUUCGUGUUGGAAAGAUUAUCGGUUGAAUAUAAUCUAAAAGUUGAAAAAAAUGCAUUCUUUAUAUAUCCUUCAUAAAGAAUGUCUAAUAAUAUAGUAGAUGUCUAUAAUGCUGUUUUAACUACUAAUAUGACAUUAGAGCAUUGUAAUUCUGUUGUUAUGUUUGAUAAUCAAUCAAUGUAUAGUGUCAUAGAUCUGCAGAUCGGCUUAGAUUUUGUUGAUUAUACUCACUUUAAUAAUCUAGUAUCAAAAAUUAUUAGCAUUUACACUGGUUUAAGAAGAUUUAGCAAAAUUAAUAACACUAAAUUAUUUUCAGGGCUUUGUCCCUAUCCAAGACUUCAUUAUAUAAUUCCAUAAUAGGAACCUUUAGCAUCUAUUGAUGACUAAAUCAAUUAAGAAUUUAAUGAAAAAUCACUUAUUACAUAUGUAAUAAAACCAGAAUAAAGAUUAUUAUAAUGUGAAAUCAAACCUACCCACAUUUGUGCUAGUUUUGUUCAUCGUUCUAAAUACAUGAAUCCUUUUUUUGGUUAAUAUAAUUUAACCCUAGAGAAAAUUAGAACAAUACAUUAAGAAACUCCUAAUAUUUUUAAAUGUUAAUCAGAAAAUUAUGCAGUUAUUCCAGGACUAGCCUAAUUAAGGUAAACUGAUAUAUUUUUCUCAAAUGACGCUUCUGUUUGUAAUUAUUUUGAUAAUCUUGGAAAAAAUAUGAAAAGCUCUAUGCAAAAAGAGCCUUUGUUCAUUGGUUUAGUGGAGAAGGACGUGAAUCAGAAAUGUAUACAUGUAGAGAAGAUUUUUUUGCCCUUUGUAAAGACUAUGAGGAAGGAUGCCAUUAAGGAGGAUUAGUAGAAGAUGAAGAAAUUGAAUGAAGUUAAUAAUUAAUUAAUUUUAAUUAUUUUCUUUAAACCUUAUUACAUUUAAAAAGCAGAGAUUUUAGAAUUUGAAUAUAUAUUCUAAAAGAUAUCCUGUCAAUUUUUACUUAUAAAAUUCUAAAAUUAAGAUAUAAUACUUGAUUAAAUUGAUUGUUCUUAAAAUACAAUUAAUUAUGAUAUAAUUAGUUUUAUCGGCAUUCUAAAUUUAUUAUUCAAAUGA